AUGGGAGUUAGAAGCUUAGCCAUUCGUCGUCAUCGAGACGAUCAAAAUCUGUUUAGGGCUCAACAGUCGAUAGAGUUGCUUGUAGCCGGAUUCGUAAUUUACACAUAUAAGCAACAGCUUUCGCGGCAUAUACUGGACUCUUUAUCAUCAUGUAGAUAUCAGAAGGGUGUGGUGCGAGUAUACUCGUCGCGUUCUCUUCUUAUGUGUGAUGAGUGA